AAAAGCAAGCAAGUCAUCGGCGUUUUCAUUUUCUGACUGACUAAUUUCUUGAGAAGAUUUCAUAGAAAAUUCGUAGAAUUCAUUAAAUUCCCGAUGUCUGUAAACAAGGAUGAUACGUUGCGGCAGUUCUGUGAUGUCACAGGAGCUGACGAAGCUCGAAGUCGAUUCUUCUUGGAAUCUUCCAAUUGGCAGCUAGAAGUGGCUUUGUCAAGUUUCUACGAACAUGGUGGAAACGCGGACGAAAUGGCUCCGAACCCGGCUGCGGCACCGCCAUCCAUGCCCGUGCUCUCAGAUAGUGACAUGGAUUCACCACCUGGGUCCCCCCUAAGGGUCCAGAAGAAAGAUAAGAAGAAGUCCAACACUAACUUCGCUACACUGGGGUCCCUUCAACAAAAUGAUAGCUCCAGUGAAGAUGAAGAAGGACAAGCUUUCUACGCUGGAGGAUCUGAGCGUUCUGGACAACAGAUUCUGGGCCCUGGCAAAGGUCGGAGGGAUAUUGUCACUGAGAUGUUCAAGAGUGUCAGGGAGCGAGGGGCUGUGGUGUUCGAGGAUGAGCCGUCCACGGCGGGGCGGAGCCGCGGGGUCUUCUCUGGUGUCGGCUACAGACUUGGUCAAACGGCAGACGACCACGAACAAGUGACGCCGACAAAUACCACAGGAGGGCAGCAGGGACAAGAGCAGGCCCGAUCGGUGCGUCUGCGUCUGUACCGCGAGGGCUUCACCGUGGACAACGGCGCGCUGCGACACUACACCGACCCCGAGAACGCAGAGUUCCUCAGCUGUAUAAGACGCGGUGAGAUCCCGCCGGAGUUGUCUGGCGGCGGCGGCGAGGUGCGCGUGAGCCUGGAGGACCGCCGCCACGAGGACUGCCCGCGGGCCGCCAGCAGGCAGCACGUGUUCAGCGGGAAAGGACAGAUGCUGGGCAGCCCCACGCCGGCCGUGGUGGGCGCCACGUCGCCCAUAGCGGCGUCCAGCACGGACCGCGCGGCCAACAUGCGCGCGGCGCAGCAGGCCGUGAGGCUCGACGAGACGCAGCCCGUCACCACCGUGCAGUUCCGUCUGGUGGACGGCAGCCGCAUAACGGGGCGGUUCAACCACACGCACACAGUCGCCGAUCUACAACAGUACGUGUCGCGAGCAGAGCCCUCAUACCAACUGCAGCAGUUCUCGCUGCUGGCGGGCUACCCGGGCGCGGAGCUGGCGGAUCCUUCGGCGUCCCUGGCGCAGGCCAACCUGCUCAACUCGACCGUGCUGCAGCGGCUCAAGUAAUGACCUGGCACAGGUAGCUCCCUUCGACGACUCACAGGCGCCUGGCUAAACAGUGCUACCUACUAACGCCUACGUACAGAUAGCUUAAGGCCUUGUUACACUACCCAAUCCAUCUGGCGUUUUCUUUUUAUAUAAUAUAAUCUCGCGUUUGACCACAAUCUCACCUGAUGGUAAGUGACGAUGUGGUCUAGGGUGGAUCACACUUACCUAGCAAAUGCCUAUCCACUCUAGCCUUGAAGACUCCCAGAUUAUGUCGAGUUGGAAAAACAGACGACGGCAGACAUUUCCUGUCCUUUGCUGUUCGCAUCAAAAAAGAAGAUGCAAAACGUUUAGUGCGGAUUGGUGGUAUAUCCACAAUAAGCGAUAAGAACACUCCUGAGAAGACUCUUAGUUUAGAGUCUUUUUGGAAUUAUUUCUUUUUAUUUUAUUUGUAUUGUAAGCGAUGCGUGUGCGAUACAUUUGUACCUACACCCGAUGGAUUGGGCAGUGUAAUAAGCCCUGUACCUAGCUCUACUUGCGUUCAGCGGGAAAGUUGUAAUACGUGGGUCCAUAUUUCCAUGAUUAUCUUCACAGGCGUUUAGAUAACGCGCGUUAUAUCGGAACACGGGUUUGCCGUUCAAAGUAACAGACUUAACGCUGCCUGUCUACCGGAUAGAAGCGACGCAGCGGAGCGGAGAGACGGAGUAGCGAACUAGUAUAUCGUCGUUGCCAAUUUAAAAGCUCUUAUGUGUCUAUCUUAUAAGCUCUAAAUUUCUUUUUUGUCAGGAUCGAAUAGUAUUUUGCUCCUAAAACAUUCAGUACAAACUCUUAUGUACUUAAAUAUCAGUUGUCUUUCAAUAUUUUUUAACACACAGUCCAUACACUAAAAUUUUUUUUUAAUUCGGUUUUGCAAGCGGUUUUUUUUAAUUUCUGUAAAAUUUACCCGAUUGCACAUAAUAGACUUUAAAUUGCCAACGAAGAUAUGCAAUCCUAUUGGUUAAUAUUUCUCCGUUUUUCCGCUCCGGUGCGUCGCUCCGCUCCGAUGGUCAGGCUGCCUUAGAACCGCUUUAUUACUCUACUAAAGGCCCAGGCGCUAAGUAAGCCUGGCAGUUCGGAUGUAGCCUCAUGGUCUAAAACGCCAAACACCUUUAAAGCUUGAUGUAUACAGACGUGGUACCGCGAGCGUGGUAAGGGAAAGUGUAAACGCGUGCAUACAAAAAAAGUUUCCUUAUUUCAAAACUCUUAGGUGGCUAAGAGUUCCCCUUUAUGUAAUCCUGUAAUCCUAAGAUACUUAUGGUGACAAUGUCCCUCAACUUCCUUGGGCUACAGUAUGAUACAAAUUCGAACAUUGCAAAAGAUACUUCUCAUCAAAAAAAUCGAAACACUAUCGGGAAAACAUCGAGGUCUUCGAAAAUUGCUCCGCAUCAGACACCCUUCGGCUUGACGAAAUUAUGACUUUUGGAUCAUUUCUUUUUCACAUAACCUAUUUAAACCUUGGUUAAAUUCUAUUGCUAGUGAAAAACAAAAACAAAAUGUCGGAAAAACAAGAUGGCCGCCAUACAAAUUGUAUAUUUGCACGGUCACGUUUUUAACAACAACAAUUACAAUUUUACCAUUUUUUGGUGGCGGCGAGCGCAUCGAGGACCAUCUAAUUCAGAAUUAUAAACCUUAUAACACUCACUGUAAAGUGACAUUUAUUUUUUAAUUCAAAUACUUGUAUUUGCUACUAUUAAUACUUGUUACUUUAAUACUUGUCUUUGUUUUUUUUUUUAUGAUAAUUAUUAUGAAACGUGAACUUGCAAGUGUUGAUUUUUAUGAUGAGAAGUGUUUUUCAAGCCAGUACCGCCUAUGGUGCCACUUCUGUGCGCAUUGCCUUAGAAGAUUCAUAAACAUAAUAACAACGCACAUAAUAACGGGUUCUUACUGCGUUUAAAGCAGGGAUAUGAGACUCCCGAUAUUUCAGUGACCCACAAUGAGUGCGGUUUGUCGUAGUGAGUUUGGUGCGAGUUCAGAUGAUUCCGAACACUCCGAUAUCAAAUACAUAAACAAGCUGCAAAGAGGGUAGACAGAUAAGUCUGAAGAAGGGCAGAGGUGUACUUUUCCCUACUCUGCUACUAGCGAAAACUGGGUAUUUAGUGUAGUAUACUUUGAGAUUUUAUAUCGUGGUCUAUAAAACAAAAAAAACUAUUUCUUAUAGGGCAACAGAACAAGUGGGAAAAAAUAUGACAGAUGAAGUGACAGAUAAUAAAAGUAGUGUCAUAGA